AUGGUGGUGGGAGUCGUGCAGCUCUCUCCAGGGGCUGAGGCAGCCCAGCACCGGUAUUACCUGAUGGGGACAGGCGCUGUCCUCAUGAGUGCUGGAGUGCUGGGGUGUGUACUCAGAUGUAUUUUCCUCCACUGGCACAAAAAAUACUACCGGGAGGAUCACCGCGAGCCGGCGCACAAAAACGGCGUAUCCACCGUCGAGGCCGGCCACGACAAGCAUGUCGCCCACGACAAGCAGGUCGCCGACAAACAUGUCGCCCACGACAAACAUGCGCCCGCGCACGCGCACGAAAAGAAGCUGAAGAGUCAGGCCAGUGUCGGGCAUGCCGAGGUGCUGAUCAAACAGCCGUCGGCCGCUAGCGACACCUAGAUCUAGAUUAAAAUCGACCACUAGAUAAUCUAGGAUAAGUGCUGCUCGGGAGCGGUUUUCGCUUUUUGAUAGUUAACUAAAAGAUUUAUUAGUCGAGGCUUUUGACUUUAA